CAAUAUAACCUUUUCAAUUGAUCAAUGCAAAGUUUUUGUUCCCAUGCCUGCUGCUGAGUCAAAAGAGAACAUAUCACACCGGCUUUUGUUACCAGGAAGUGGGGCGCGUUAUUUAUAUUUCAACACUUGCCAGAUUGACGUGAGGGCGCGCGCUGGUAAUACGAAACUUAUAAUAUUACCAUCUCCUUUAUACCAUGUGUCUGAGCAUCGGCGUUUUAAUUCAAGUGAUGUUUUCCGCGAUAAAUAAUCGGAAAUAAGAUACUAGCAAAUCCUCUUGUGUCCCUGUAGGACACGGCUGCCCGCCAGGUGGCGUUGUAAUGAAGAUCCAUGGGAAGAUUGUAACACACUACCUGUCCUGCACUUCACCUGUAGAUAAAGAGGGAUAUCUCUACAAAAAGAGGGAGAGAAACACCACUUACCUGCGACGGUGGUUUGUGUUGAAAGGGAAUCUGUUGUAUUAUCAGGAGCGUCCUGGCGAUCGUAAUCUGUUGGGCGUUAUCGUUCUGGAGGGCUGUAUGGUGCAGGCAUGUGAGACGGAUGGUCAGUUCUGUUUCUCCUUGGUGUUCACUGGACCAGGCCUUCGCACAUAUAGACUUGCCGCUGAUGACCAUCUGAGCCAGGAGAAUUGGGUCAGUGCUCUGCUUUGCGCCAGUCACCUCUACCUUUCAAUGAUCGUCAAGGACCUGGAGAGAUGCUACAAAGAAGCUAGAAAAGAGAAAGGCCUUUGUGAUCUGAUACAGACUGAGGAAACAUCUGAUAAUACAAUGGCUUCCAGGAACACAGGACACGUCUAUUUCGGACAUGGGGCUUCCGUGGUACCCAGAGAUGGGAGAAGCUACAGUACAGGUUCAGUACUGCCUUCAUCUACGACAAACAGACCCAUCAGCUAUAGUCUGCAGCCCCCUCCUGUUUCUUUCAAAACCAACAAUAAGCGAUCACCAAAGCUUUGGCCAAAGAGAAACGCCCAUGUCACACCCUUGAAUAGUCCGGCACCAUCUUAUGGGGAGUGGCCAGUUGUGGGUUUUGAUCCGUUAGAGGAAUUCAGUAAACUGCAUGAGUACUAUGGAAACGAGAUUAAGGAACUAAGAGCUGACUGGCUAAAGAAAAAGCGAGAGGAGAUGGGAUACAUUGAGGAGGACCUCAUUGACCUUGGUUAAAUCUAAUUGGAGCUGAAGGCACACAUACCUGCGUUUGAUCAUAUUAAUAUCUAAAUAGUCAAUCCUGCUCUAUAACCAAAAUAAACAAUGUACUGUUCAAAUACAUUUUAAGAAUCACUAGCUAUGGAUGCAUUAAAUUUGAUCUUGGUGUCUUUUUAAAGUUCUGAAAGUACAGUAUGCAGUGUAGCUCUGACUUAUGAUCUUGGCAACUCUUCUGUAAAGGGUUUCUCAUUUCCCCUUUUGUGGUAAGGUUUCGGUACAUUUACCCUAAAUGAUCAUUAAACAGAACUAAGAUCACUGUAGUCUUACCCUUAAGUUACCUACGUGCAGAUAUUGACAACUCCAAAUAGGUCAUUUCAAUUUAGACUCCUGCAAACAUAUAAAUAAGUUAAUUGGUAACUUUAUUUUCUUCUUUUAAGAUUGCGUUUGAUGUACAUUUGUGACUGUGAAUGCAAAAUAGUAGUUUUUGUUAAUGACUUGCUUGUUCUUAAUGUAUGUGAUGAGGCAGCCUAAACGGAUGUGAUGUUUUGGAAUAGAGCACAAUAUUCCUUUAUCUUACAGUAUAUGAAUGUAAUUUAAGUUUUAGUAUACAUAGCGUGGCCUGCCUCAGAACAUCAGUGUGAUGUUGUGUAGAGGAUUACAAAUGCCAGUUACCGUUUUAUAGUUCUGCCUGUCUGAACUUGUUUCACACAGUUCAUGUGGUUUCACACAUAAACCAAAAUACACAUCCUGUUUAGUCUUCCUCUUUCACUCUUCCUCAAAUCAUUGGUGAUGUUGUGUCAUUUGCAAAUCUCUUCACACAUUUAGGAUAUUAUACACAAUAUUUAGCAUAACAGGUUAUUUAAUUAGGAUUGAUUGUGUUUAUUAAUAAAUGUUUAAAUAAACUACAGUACAGUAAAGUACAGCUUUUAUGUUGUGAGAUGAAAAAAGAAGGCACUAGAUGUCACUAUACUUAAGUAACUCAGUAGUGACGGUGUGGCCUUCUGUACCUCAUUCCAGACAUUCAGUCAACUCUGAGGUGAUAAACAGUUUUGAGGAGAAGAGAUCACAUUACCCGCAAUAUGUCCUGUAUAAAUAGGCUUACACGUUCACUUUGACAGACAUAAACAAAACAAAGACAGUUAACCGAUUGUCCAAAAAGUGUAAAGACUCAAACUCUGAGUUUCACUUCAGUAUGCUUCAAUGGUGCAUUAAUCAUUUUGUUUAAAGUUGUUUGUUUGUUUUAUGUUGUGUUACUUUUAGAAAUUAUGUAUUUUGGUUAUGGAAAGCACUUGAGUUGUCUUUAAAUGUCUUAUUUAAAAAAAAAUGAAAUGAAACAUAAACGAUAUACAACAUGUAAGAGAUAAUGUACAGGCAGCCGGGUGUUAUUGCAGACAUAAGCCCUACAGUGUGAUCAGUGUGUAUUACACUUAAGGGGCAUAUUUCACGAUAACAACCUCUUAUUACAUGACUACUUGCCACAUGAGAAAAAAAUUGACAUAAAAUGUGAAUUUGAAAUAUUUUAGUAGCUCAUUUUUAACGAAUGCAGACCUUCUGCAAGGAAAAGCAAUUUACUUUUGGUUUCAAGGUAAGAAACGCCGUUCAAAUGUCACGAACAGGCAAUUUGGUUUAAUCAUUUGCAAAUGUAAUGUCAUAUAUGUAAUUAAAAGGUAUAUUUAUUUUUAA